AUGACUCCACCUUCCCCUUCACCUGUGCCUUCCGCAGUCUCCUCCGCCGCAGCUUCACAGCACUCGUAUGACCCUCGGGAUGGAGAUGCUGCGGUAGCAAGAGCCGUCGCGGGCAUGAACCUGUCCGCUCACGCGAACGGCCACGAUCUCCCUCCUCCAGCACUCUCCCCAGCUGGAAAACCCACCAAAGCAACAAUGGCCGCUCGUCUCACGCGCAUGUUCUCCAGUACGGGGAAAAACACACCAACCAGAGAAAAUAAUGAAGUCCACCGUGACCUAUCCGACAGCAGUUUAGAAAGCAUCCAGCACACCAACGGCAGGACCUCAAAGCCGUCUUCACGACCAGCAUCAAGACCUCCGUCGAGACCCCCCUCCCGAGGCGCAACCUCCCGCACCCCAUCUCGGAACCCGUCGCUGAAGAGCGAGCCCGUGGAUAAACCAGAUAAAAAGAAGAACGACGAUAAGAAGAAAGAUGGAGUCGCGCCGGUCCACAAGCGCUUCGAGAUUCUCCCCGAGGCCCUCGGGAAUCACUCGCAUCACUUGAGAAGCGCCAGGCGACAGGAGAAGUUGACGGACCUGCUGCGCGACAUGCUGGGUGGCCGCAAGAAGGACGAUCAGGUGGAUGAACAGCAGCUGUCACUGAUGUCGACCUGGAUCGAUCAGUUCAAGACCGAGCGAGAUAAGCUGGCGGCCGAUAAGAAGGGGGGUCCGAACGCCACGGCCUCGCUGGUCGACAAGUACGGCAAGUGCCAGGAGAUCGUGGGCCGCGGUGCGUUUGGUAUCGUCCGCAUCUCUCACAAGGUCGAUCCUCAAGACUCCAAGUGCGAGCAGCUGUAUGCCGUCAAGGAGUUCCGCCGUCGCCCCCAGGAAACCACCAAGAAGUAUCAAAAACGACUGACCUCGGAGUUCUGCAUCUCAUCCUCCCUCCGUCACCCGAACGUCAUCCACACCCUCGACCUUCUUCAAGAUGCCAAAGGUGAUUACUGUGAAGUCAUGGAAUAUUGCGCCGGAGGUGAUCUGUAUACCCUGGUCCUGGCCGCCGGCAAGCUUGAGGUCGCCGAGGCGGAUUGCUUGUUCAAGCAACUCAUGCGCGGUGUAGAAUAUAUGCAUGAGAUGGGCGUGGCCCACCGUGAUCUCAAGCCCGAAAACCUCCUCCUCACCACCCACGGUGCCCUCAAGAUUACCGACUUCGGCAACGGCGAGUGCUUCCGCAUGGCCUGGGAGAAAGAAGCCCACAUGACCGCUGGACUCUGUGGUUCCGCGCCCUACAUCGCACCCGAGGAGUACGUUGAACGCGAAUUCGACCCCCGGGCUGUCGACCUGUGGGCGACAGGUGUGAUCUACAUGGCGAUGCGCACAGGUCGUCACCUCUGGCGUGUCGCCCGCAAGGACGAGGACGAGUUCUACCAGCGAUACCUUGACGGUCGCAAACACGAAGAUGGAUAUGCGCCCAUCGAGACUUUGCAUCGGGCACGUUGCCGCAACGUGAUUUAUUCCAUUCUGGACCCGAAUCCCUCGCGUCGCAUCAACGCUUCGCAGGUCCUCAAGUCUGAAUGGGUGCGCCAGAUCAAGCUCUGCAAGGCCGGUGAGGAAGGCUUCUGA